CCCACAGCCAACUCUGGGAACGCAGAAACCACAUGAUAGGCGCCCCUGCUGAUCGCUCCCAUGGCGAGCGGGCGCUGCGUUCUGCCUUGUGCCAGGCGUUGAGGCUGGUGGCAUCGCUGCGUCGUGACAAUGAACAGUUACGGGCCCAGUUAGCUGAGGCAGAGGAACUCCUUGCCACGCGCGACGCCUCCAUGGAGAUUCUUCAGACGGAGGUUGCGGAUCUUCUGGAGACCCGCGCCCUGUACCGCGAGCAGAUGGCGAAGCUCUGCUCUCAGCUGCCCUCCUUCGACCAGACACACCACAACGCACAAGGACACGGGCAGCAGCAGAGCUGCUUGGCCUCGCCUCGCCGGCACCGCCGCGUCUCUGAUCCCGCGGGACGUUCCCCCAGAGGCGCCACAUCCUCCUCCCCGCCUUCAGCUGCCACAGCGACCAUCACCGCCACCACCUCUGUCCUGCAGCCGGGGUCCCUGCUGGACCGCCUGCUGCCCGUGCAGCUCUCACUGCCCCUCACGCAGUGGCUGGCCGCACAGACCGACAGCGCCAGCCCCAACGGCAGCACCACCGUCCCUGCAGCCCGCAGCAGCUACGACGGCACACCCCGCAAGAAGGACAUCGCGUGGGAAGAGAAAGCACCGGCGCCUACGCCGUCGGCGACGGGGGCUGCAACCCCUUUGCCUCUGCGCUUCCGCACACCCUUUGCCUGCAUGCAGCACUGCCCCGACGACUCACGGCUUCUGCAGGCCUGCCCUCCAAGCACGUCACCUGAGGCAGCAGCCCGUAUGCAGCCUUGCAGCAACCCCAGGGAACCUAAACCCAAGGAAGACAAUAGGGUCUCGGCAGCAGAACCCCAGGAUUCCGUCACCCAGGGUUACCUCCGGAGCCUUAUGGAGGCCCGUGCCCCAUCAGAAGCCUCCUCCGCCUGCUGCCCCUCUGCGGGCACUCGAACAGACACCUACUCGCCCUCGGGGUCGGUGCGCUCCCCGUUCUCGUCGUUUUCCAUGUCCCCCAGCCGCUUCCUCUCCUCGCCUGGAACCCCGCCCGCGCUGUCGCACAAGCCCGAGUACGACAGCGGGAGGACAGCGGCGGUGACAAGUGGGGACACCGAGGGGCUGCAGCCGACGCUGUCAUCGUCCCCAUCGUUGCCUUCUGCUCUUAGCGGUGUGGCCCUGUUAGGCAGCUGGCGCACCGCCCUCAACGACUUGUUCACGUUCGGCAUCGGCACGCGCGGUGGCGACGGCGACGGCAUUGACGAGGAGGGCGAGUGCGGCGAAGCAGCCGACAAGGAGGCGGGCGGCAGGGACAGCCACCGCUACCUCGCUGCGCCAGGGGUGGAGCCUUCGCAGCAGCUGCAGUGGCAGCAGCACCGGCGUCAGGCGGCGGCACUGGGAGGCAGCAAGUCCUCUGGCGGUUUCGGCAGGCCAUAUUCUUGGCGCCGCAUGAGCCGAGACAGCCUUGGUGCUGCGGGCCGGCUGGCUUCGGAGGGUGGCUCUGGAGAGCUACGGAGCUUGCAGGACCACCCUUGAUGUGAUACUUUGCCAAGGGGUUUGAUGAUUUGGCCUCCUCUGGUAGCAUGCUGAAGCGACCAGCCGGAGGAGUGCGUUUACCUUCCGCUCAGUGCGUAAAAGGGGGCGUUACCGGCCCGUGGGUCGCCCAUGUAGAGGGGACUGUUUUUAACUUAUCCAGGAGGCUUGCUCGUAUGGCAGGAUUCUAUCUCAAGUCGUGUUUUCUGUUCCCCAUGUCACGGUGGAAUCGGAGGCAAGCAGGCUUUCAUUUGUCCUUGUACGUCUAUGGUUGUGGCACUUCUUGAUCUCCAUGUUGCAGAGGCAAUGAACGCAAGCCCUUUUUUCUUUAUCCUAUUAAUAUUGGUGAUAUCCCUUAAUGUUGCGCUUAAUGUUUCUCUCUUCAUUAAAGGUGUGUUUUGUUGCCAUCGGAAUGCAGUUGCUUCAAGGGCCUAAAUAAAUUCGCUGUAGGAUGGCUAUUCAAACUGGGCUAUUCGCUGGCCCUUAAUGUUAUUCAUGAGUCUGCUGUUUAUCCUUUCAAGUAAGCUCAUCUGAGAUUGAGAUCGCACUUUGGGCAGCGGUUUACGCUGGUUAGUUGGCAUGCCGGCGGUGGUCUGCGGGGUGGAGUGGCGUCGUAUAAGUGUUUGUUUGCCUCUGCUUAACAGUCGUUUGGUGGGACAGGCAGGGGAGGUGCCGGUAAGACCCGGAACAGCGAAUCGAUGUAACCGUUACUAUUUA